GAUCUUAAGAAAGCUCAAAACAUGGAGUUUUAAAAUUCCUUAAAUCCCUAGAACUUUUCUCACGACGAAACAAGAGGCGAUUUCAUCUCAGAUUUACUUCCCUUUAACCUUUCCGAUUUUUAAUGAUUUUAUUUCUUUCUCCUUUUGCCACAAAUUUUCUCCACCACUUUUUUUCUUACAUAAAUUGCACUCAAUCAUUUCUCCGUGUAUAAAAUGAUAACCUAGAAAUAAGUACGUAAAAGUAAGAAAGGAAAAGGAAAGAAAAAUGUUUAGCAAGACAAGCAGCAGAAACUAUGAAGAUGAUUACUCUGGUUCGUGUCUGAAAAAACAGAAGCGUGAUGACACUGGAAGAAGAAGAGUUCCUCGAAGAGGUCCUGGUGUUGCCGAACUCGAACAGAUCCGUCUCGAAGAGCAACAAAUCUCUACAGCUUCACCACUUCCUCCACCAGAAAAACCUCCGUCGGUGGGGAUUAUUCCUACCACCACGAAGAGAACCGGUCCGGUUUACCCGUUCUCGUCUUAUUUGUCAACCGGAUCUUUCCCGGAUGAUUUAAUUCCACCACCUCCAGUGUUUCAGAGGAAUCACGAUGAAUCCUUUAAAAAAAAAAGGAAUCACGAUGAAUCGUUUCUUCACUCUCCCACCGAUGAAUCUACAAAAUCCACGAUGUUAUCAGUUUAUAGAGCCCCCUUCAAACCAAACAUCUUACCAACACAAUGUCUCUCCUUUUCCAGAAAAAGAAAAGGCAAAAAAAAAGAAAUCCUGUCUUCAAAAGGGCCAUCGCAAUUUAUCGCAGAAACUAGGAAAUGUAACGUUCGACCGACCCUAACUAUCCCAAGAGAUGGUAAGCAAAUCAAGUCACUAGACCAAAAAUUGAAAAUUCAUUUUCAAGAUUCUGGAACCACAAUUAGAUAUCCAAUCACCACUGAUUCUCCUUCACCAGCAACUCUUCUUACACAACCAAUUAUGCCAAAUUUUUCACUCGAUUUCCCGCAUUUUAUACAUUAUGAACAGAAGGAGGGGUUUAAUCAUGACAUCAUGCCACAAAGGAACGGUACUGAUAUUUCCUCAAGCAGAAAACCGUUCUACAGCUUCUUGCCCGCAAAUGAGCAGAGAACUCGCUACCAAGAUCUAUCAUUUCGCUUGAAAACUGAGAGCACUGAUCACGGCAUUGAUCUUCGCCUUAUGUUAUAAAAACUGAUUUUCUAGGCAAAUUUCAAAAACUUAAUUUGAAUCUUUUUCAGUUUGUAGUUUCCGAUAUAUUAAAAAAAUAUCUGUGUGCCAAAGGUUUGGCUUUGUUUCUUCUCGAAUA